GGAGGAAGGCCAGUUGGGGGGACCCCAGGAAGUGACCUCACUUCCCUGGCGACAGAGGCCAACGGAACUUGGAACCUGGGGAGCCGGGCACCUACUGGUCCAGUCCAGGAGAGGACGGAGGAGGGAUGGACUGGCUCUGCUGCAUCCCGCUCUCCCGAGGCCGAGGCCGAGGCCGCAGGCGUCGUCGCGGCAGAGAUGGCCUCUGCCAAGCCUGCAGAACCUGGAUGAGAACGCGAGGCGGACGCCUAUGGGCCGUUGCCCGCAGGGACCCAGAGAGUCCCCCACCUGAGACCCGCCAGGAACGGGGUGAGGAAGGCAGAAGGCCACCCGAGGAACCUCCACACAGACUGCUCCCCGGGGUCCUCUGCCGGGCUGGUGGGGAGCGCAGGAGCGCCAGCUGUGGCCAUGAAGACACCGUCCACACGAGCCUGACAACCCUGGAAGGCCUGGCCCCCCCUGAGGCCCAGCCUGAAGCAGGAGACCCGGAGCCAGAGGCCAAGACGCCAGCCGAGCGGAAAGACCCUGGAGCAGCCCCCAGAGGAGGUCCAAGACCACAGGAGGACUCAGCACCCGGGCAGGGAGGACCUGUAGCUCUUUCAGAGGGACACUCACGUCCUCGUGGGGACUCGCCCCCCGGGGAGGAUGAACCCUCUGCUCCUCUCCCAAGAGGCCCAGCUCCUCUUGAGGAGUCCCCACCCGGGCAGGGUGGAACCAAGGCGCCUCCUGCAGCAGGACCAGGCCCCCAGGAAGACUCAACUCAUGGGCAGGAUCAACCUGCUGCUCCUCCUGAAGGAAGACCAGAGCCUCAUGAGGUCUCACCUCCCGGGCCGGAUGAAAAUCCUGCUCCUCCUCCAGGAGGACGAGGCCCUCAGGAGGACGCACUAGGUGGGAUGAAAAUCCUGCUCCUCCUCCUGGAUUACGAGGCUCUCAUGACGACUCAGGAGCCGUGCAGGAUGAAAAACCUGCUCCUCCUCCUGGAGGACAAGGCUCUCAGGAAGACUCACUAG